AUGGCAAGUUUGCCAGAGCCGCCUUUGAAACGCCCCCGGACAGGCUCUUCGAACAGCAUUGCUCAGAACUCUCGCGAUGGUUCAUCAUGUCCAUACAUGGACACAAUAAAUCGAUCCGCUUUGGACUUCGACUUGCCGCCGAUCUGUUCAACUUCACUACAAUCGCACAAUGUGUACAUCUGCUUGAUCUGUGGUAGGUAUCUGCAAGGGCGAUCUCCCUCGUCACACGCCUACGCUCAUUCUUUGCAAUUGAGGCAUCACCUAUACCUAGGUUUGUCCUCAGAGUCUGUCUUUUGUUUACCAGACGGCUACCGAGUAAAAGAUCCGAGCUUUGCCGAGAUAAUUUCCGCUUUGCAUCCUAAGUUUUCACGGACUGAAAUUUCAGGUCUCGACACUGUUCCGGUACGCAUUCGGCUCCUUGACGGUACCUUUCGACUACGCGGUGUUGUACCACUCGACAACCUUCAAGCUAGUGACUACGCAAAUUCGAUAUUCCAACUUCUUUUGCAUGUACCCCCCUUAAGAGAUUACUUGCUGAAAAAGUACUCGGGCAAAGGUGAUGACCUCAUCUCAGAAACGCGAAUAAGUGAUCCCGAAAAUACUGUGCAAUCUGAGCUUACGAAAGCACUAGCCAAGCUGUGUGCAAAAAUAUGGUCCUCAUCUGCUUAUCGUGCCCAUGUUGCUCCUCAUGAACUUAUGCAACAGGUAUCUGCAGCCAGCAGAGGACGGUUUGGGUUAUUGAAGCAAGAGGAUCCAGUGAAGUUUUUUGCAUGGUUACUAAACUUCUUGGUUCGAAAAGAUAAUUCGCGUAAGGUUUCUGAAGCCCAUCUGCCCUCAGUACUGGAAAAGUGCUUGAAGGGGGAGAUGUGUAUCGAAUCGUACGGCGAAUCAGGAGUGUCAAAGAAAUCAUCAAGGCCGUUUUGGUUUUUGCCGCUGGACCUUCCGCCCAAGCCGCUGUUCAAAGACGCGAGCGAACGCACCCUCGUUCCGCAAGUACCAUUGAGUAAGGUCCUCAUGAAAUUCAACGGAGUUGAUCGUCAUCACAAUUUAAAAACCAGUGAGCAGUGCUCAUACAGGAUCACCAAGUUUCCGCCAUUUUUACUUUUAGUCCUCAGGAGAUUGACGAAGAGCAAAUUUGGUGUGGAGAAAAAUCCGUGUGUAGUGCACUUGCCAUCUGAUGGCUUGGAAGCAUCGAAAUUCGGUGAUACGCAAGCAGAAGGAAUUUACACCUUGACAGCCGCCGUUCUUCACGAGGGGGACGCUGAAGGGGGCAAAUACAGGGUUGUCCUGAAGCACAACGCCACAAACAGUUGGUAUGACCUCUCUGAUCUGGAGGUUAAAGAAACCCUUGAGCAACUCGUCUCCUUGGGGAGUACUUACAUGCUUUUAUACUCUCGUACAAGUGAUAACCAGAGGACAUCAUAA